AUAGAUUUUCAUAUAUUUUCUUUCGUCUCAAAUACAAAUCCCUUUUUAAUCUGCUCAUUUUGCCCUUUUGCCUUUUCGUUUGGUAAGGUAUAUAUAUUGCAAUAAUGAAUGAUAUGGGCAAAGUAGUUUCUUGCCACACUGUUGGUUCUUGGAAGCAACAGCUCCUCAAAGCCAAACAAUACAACAAAUUGGUCGUCGUGAAUUUUACUGCAACAUGGUGUGCCCCGUGUCGUGGCAUGGCUCCUGUUCUUAAAGAUUUAGCGAAUAAAAUGAGUAAUAAUGUUAUAGUUUUGAAAGUGGACGUUGACGAACUCAUGAGUGUUGCCAAUGAGUACGGAGUGGGAGCCCUUCCCUCGUUUCAAUUCUUCAAGAACGGAAAGUUAGUGGACAAGUUCGUAGGAGCAAGGAAAGAUGUUUUGCACAAAACUGUAUCCAAACAUGUUGCAUGAAGCGGUAUUUUUUUUUUGUUACUAAAAGUAAUAUUUGGAUGCAGUUCAGACCAUAUGUCUAUCUUCAUGUGCCUUUUCUUUAGUCAGAAAGAAAAAAAAAAUUAUCACUUAACAACUUGUACUGCAUAUGUACUGGAGCUCGAGGAUGUGUACCCAAAAUUUUUAAGUUUAUUAAAUAUUGCUGCAAACGUAACCAAGUACUUUAAGCAAAAUUGAAUGUUCUUUAUAACAAUUUCAUCCACUUGUGUUCUAUUGAGAUCAAUAUAUAUUAUUUUAGUUUAUCCCA